CAGACUUCCGCAAGACAGUCUCACCGAGACAGCCAGCGCGAUCAGAGGGGGAGAGGAGCGCCUGCUAAUGGCUGACAGUUACAUUGAGGAACCGGAGCUCUUCUCUGAGAAAGGGGAGACUGUGGAAUGGGGCUAUGAAGAAGGAGUUGAGUGGGGGUUAGUCUUUCCUGAUGCUAAUGGAGAAUACCAGUCUCCUAUUAACUUGAAUUCAAGAGAAGCCAAAUAUGACCCUUUGCUACUGGAAGCACAUUUAUCACCAAACUAUGUUGUGUGCCGUGAUUGUGAGGUCAUCAAUGAUGGGCACUCAGUUCAAAUCCUCUUAAAGUCCAAAUCAGGGUUAGUCGGAGGGCCACUACCUCGAGGGCAUGAAUUUGAACUGCAUGAUGUUCGGUUUCACUGGGGCAGGGAAAAUCAACGUGGCUCUGAACACACUGUGAAUUUUAAAGCUUUUCCCAUGGAGCUCCAUCUAAUCCACUGGAACUCCACAAUGUACCACAGUAUUGAUGAGGCCUUGGGGAAGAAGAAUGGCAUAGCCAUUAUCGCCUUAUUUGUGCAGAUAGGAAAGGAACAUUCAGGCCUAAAGGCUGUGACUGAAAUUCUGCAAGACAUCCAGUACAAGGGCAAGUCCAAGACAAUACCUUGUUUUAAUCCCAACACACUAUUACCAGACCCACUGUUACGAGAUUAUUGGGUGUACGAAGGCUCCCUCACGGUUCCACCCUGCAGUGAAGGUGUGACGUGGAUCUUAUUUAGAUACCCUUUAACUGUAUCCCAACUUCAGAUAGAAGAGUUUCGAAGACUGAGGACACAUGUUAAAGGAGCAGAACUCCUAGAAGGCUGUGAUGGAAUAUUAGGAGAUAACUUUAGACCAACACAGCCACUUACCGACAGAGUCAUAAGGGCUGCCUUCCAGUAACUGAGACAAAUAGUGAAAACACUCAUAAUGUAGGCCCCAGUAGAGAUGACUGAAGGAGCGACAUGCGGCCAUUCGUCAGUGUCACAAUGUAAGGAUACAAUCUGGAACACUGUUCCUUUCAAUUCCUUUCAACUUCAGCUAAAAGGUAGAACAUAGACGAAAUCACACUAGGAUAUAAGAGACUCAGAUGAAUUUGGAGCUUUAUCGGAGCAACCUGUGUAUGUUACCUGUGGAGUCGUCCUAGGUUCUGCAGAGUCCAUGUCUAACUUUGGUACACUACUUUCUACACUACUAGCUCAGUUCAGAGGACUCGCUGCUAGGUACAAUUUUCCAGCCACUGCUGGCCACCACCACCACCACCACCACUACCCUGGUUCAAUCAUCCAUGGCCAAGCCCACAGGGAACAGGACAGCCUCUGACUGGUUGAUUACAUUAUGUGUGCAAAUUAAUUUUGCUUGUAAGAGAGCUGAAAUGAAAAUGUUUCUUGGGAUUUGGAGGGCUUCCCAGAAAGGAAAGGAAAGGUAUUGGAACCUUUUCAAAUGUGAGCUCAUUCCUGUUCUCAGCCUUGCAUUUUCUACUUCUGCAAGAAAAUAAUGGAGGGACAGAAAUGAGGGUGAUUUUUGUUGCAUACAGAUAGACAGAAGGAGAUCACUCACUGCACUCUGGAAGUGCAGUCGUCGUAUUUUUGUCAUACAACAAACCCUCCCCAGGGCUGACGGUUUGGGGGAAUCAGUUCUGUAGUUUACAGUGCUAAUCGGCGCUAUCAUGAUUGAUUGCUGCCUUGUUGAAUCUCUGCUCCCUAGAGCACUUAUACAGUGUUUUAAAACUUAAUUGCUCUUCUCCCCCCAAUAAAAGAUAAAACAAGGUGUGCUCAAUCCCUUCAAUAUAGCGUGCACAAUGUGUUGGGCCUCAAGGGGUCCCAUGUGAUGCUGGUUCGGUGGUUGGGGGGCACAGCACAUACAUUUACCCCCCAUGUGAUCCUGAUUGGCUAUGGGGUGGUAUUUAAAUGUAA